CCCGCCCGGAUCCCGCCGACUUCGAGCGCGAAGGGGUUGUCCCCGCCAUCGCUGCUGAGGAACCCCUGUCUGGCGCCUCCCGACAUCCGAAGGCGUCCUCGGCCGCCCUCGACCGAGCUGGGCGGGACCUUCACACAGCCGGGGCUGCUAAACUCUGAUCUUGGGGGCUCAGGAGCGCCGCCUCAGACCACGGCUCCGCCCAGACUCGAUUCCUCUCUUGGACCGGGAUCGGCGAGUUUACCUGCCUCUCCCGCGCCCCGCACGAGUGGUGCUUAGGAACUGUUGAGUCACCCACCAUCACUCCACACCUCCCCACCAUUCUUGGGCUCCUGGAGCAUAGCGGUUGUCACAGUCCUCCCUUAGACAGUCCCAACCCUCUUCUGGCUCCUUGGAGGCUGGGGCGGGGAAGGCUGCGGAUUUGCCCAGACAGCUGGGGUGACCCUCUUUCCUGGGCAGUGGCCUGGAGGAGUUGCGGCUUAUGGCCACUAGGUGUCAGUGUGUCCUCACUGUGAUGCCGGAUCCGAGCCCGCCUCCACUCAGAGAGUAAGGCAGUUAGUUCUGGGGAGCGGGAUCAGCAGCCCACCCGGAGGAAAAGGAGCAGCCCAGAGGCGGUGCAGGAGUGAAGGGGUGUGUGUUUUUGGGAGAUGGAAGUGGACGACGCGAGCAAAAAGGGGGACUAGGAAAACGGUGUUUCAAGGGGGAAGGAAAAACAGAAACCCAAGCUCAGACACUCAGGCACCUAAGCCUUUUGGGUGUUUGCUGCCUUCCCUGAUGGUUCCAGGGUUACACAUUAACUCCCAUGGGUCUUCAGGGUCACUCAAGGCCCAUUCGGUUACUAAGUAAUAGCACGAUGUAAUGUCUUGGGUGAGCAUUUUACCCCCUGCACUCCCUCUUUGCUAACUGUUCACCAGCUGACUCCGGCCUGAGCCAGUAACCACAGGUUCCCUCCAGUCAUUCCACGUUGGCUAGUUUGGGGCUGGGCGGGGAAAAAAAAUAAACACCCCUUAUCUUGCUUUCCUGGACCAUUCAGAAAUUGGAACUUAGCUAAGGACCACCUCCUGAGUACUGGAAUUUUAUAACUCCUUAGAGCAGCAGGCGUCAAGAAGUCAGGAUUUUAAUUCAUCCUGGUCGAAACUCUAGCAGUGAUACUAACCAGAGGCGUAAAGCCCUCUCUGGUUUUCCCCCACCUUGACGCUAGAGGUUUUGGUAAAGGACCGAGUUCCCCUAAGGCAGCAUUUUGUGCAGGGUUCUGAGAAGCCGAGAGCACAGUGCUCAAUAGUUGUUACAACCGAGAGACACGUCACGUACUCUUCAGUAAUGCCACUCCUCCUGGACAGUGGGGACUGGAUCGAUCUUCGCUUUCCACUCGCAUUAGACCUUUGAAGGGACUAUCUUGUUUUCGCGGUGCAACUUAAGUGGACGCCUCAUCGCUCCAGUCUACCUAUGCCUAAGUCAUCCGUGUGCAAGGAAACCCAGAAUGACUAGUCUCUGAUCCCUCGUUGGGGAAACACGACUUGGUCUCUAGGUUGGGUUUACGGUCAGAGAAAGACGCCAGGCUCCGCCGACGCCCCCGUUUCGCCGGCUCCGCCCAGCAAAAGUUUUACAGCCAGGAGGAGGAGCUCCCGGAUGGGAGGGUCCGCGCACGCGCCGCACGGGGAUUCCAGAAGCGUAACUGAGAAAUGAGAUGGAGAAGUACGAGCGGAUCCGAGUGGUGGGAAGAGGUGCCUUCGGGAUUGUGCACUUGUGCCUUCGAAAGGCUGACCAGAAGCUGGUGAUCAUCAAACAGAUCCCAGUGGAACAGAUGACCAAAGAAGAGAGGCAGGCAGCACAGAAUGAGUGUCAGGUGCUCAAGCUGCUUAACCACCCCAACGUCAUUGAGUACUAUGAGAACUUCCUAGAGGACAAGGCCCUCAUGAUCGCCAUGGAAUAUGCACCAGGUGGCACCCUGGCUGAGUUCAUCCAGAAGCGCUGCAACUCCCUGCUAGAGGAGGAGACAAUCCUUCACUUCUUUGUGCAGAUCCUGCUUGCCCUACAUCAUGUGCACACACACCUCAUCCUGCAUCGGGACCUCAAGACCCAGAACAUCCUUCUUGACAAACACCGGAUGGUUGUCAAGAUCGGUGACUUUGGCAUCUCUAAGAUCCUGAGCAGCAAGAGCAAGGCCUACACGGUGGUGGGUACUCCAUGCUACAUCUCCCCUGAGCUGUGUGAGGGCAAGCCCUACAACCAGAAGAGUGACAUCUGGGCUCUGGGCUGUGUCUUGUAUGAGCUGGCCAGCCUCAAGAGGGCCUUCGAGGCUGCAAACUUGCCAGCCCUGGUGCUGAAGAUCAUGAGCGGCACCUUUGCACCCAUCUCUGACCGGUACAGCCCUGAGCUGCGCCAGCUCGUCCUGAGUCUGCUCAGCCUGGAACCUUCACAACGGCCACCCCUAAGCCACAUCAUGGCGCAACCUCUCUGCAUCCGGGCCCUUCUCAACAUCCACACCGAUGUGGGCAGCGUCCGCAUGCGGAGGGCAGAGAAGUACUUGACUUCAGGACCACCUAUGUCCUCUGGCAGCACAGGGAGCAGGGCCACAAGUGCCCGAUGCAGGGGUGUCCCCCGGGGACCUGUGAGACCGGCCAUCCCGCCACCACUGUCUUCGGUCUAUGCUUGGGGUGGUGGCCUUAGCAUUCCCCUGAGGUUGCCAAUGCUCAACACCGAGGUGAUCCAAGUGGCUGCAGGGCGCACGCAGAAGGCUGGCGUUACACGCUCUGGACGCCUCAUCCUGUGGGAGGCCCCACCCCUGGGAGCUGGAGGCGGCACACUCCUUCCUGGGGCAGUGGAGCUGCCUCAGCCCCAGUUCAUCUCUCGUUUCCUGGAGGGCCAGUCAGGUGUGACCAUCAAGCAUGUGGCCUGCGGGGACCUGUUCACCGCUUGCUUGACAGACCGAGGCAUCAUCAUGACCUUCGGCAGUGGCAGCAACGGGUGUUUGGGUCACGGCAACCUGACUGACAUCAGCCAGCCCACCAUUGUAGAAGCCUUGCUGGGCUAUGAGAUGGUGCAGGUGGCCUGCGGGGCCUCUCACGUGCUGGCCCUGUCCACAGAUGGAGAGUUAUUCGCCUGGGGCCGGGGAGAUGGUGGUAGGCUGGGACUAGGUACCCGGGAGUCCCAUAACUGCCCUCAGCAGGUGCCUGUGGCCCCAGGACAGGAAGCUCAGAGAGUUGUCUGUGGUAUUGACUCUUCUAUGAUCCUCACCUCGCCAGGCAGGGUCCUAGCCUGUGGAAGUAACAGGUUCAACAAGCUAGGCUUGGACCACCUAACCCUGGAUGAGGAGCCUGUUCCCCAUCAGCAAGUGGAGGAGGCCCUGAGCUUCACCCCACUGGGCUCUGCACCUCUGGACCAGGAGCCCCUGCUGUGUGUGGACCUUGGCACUGCUCAUUCAGCUGCUGUGACUGCCUCUGGGGACUGCUAUACUUUUGGCAGCAAUCAACAUGGGCAAUUGGGUACCAGUUCCCGUCGGGUCAGCAGGGCACCCUGUCGGGUCCAAGGCCUGGAAGGCAUCAAGAUGGUGAUGGUGGCCUGCGGGGAUGCCUUCACUGUAGCCAUUGGGGCAGAGGGGGAAGUGUAUUCUUGGGGCAAAGGAGCCCGAGGUCGAUUGGGAAGGGGGGAUGAGGAUGCUGGACUCCCUAGGCCAGUGCAGCUGGAGGAGACUCACCCUUACAUGGUGACUUCAGUGUCCUGCUGCCAUGGGAACACACUUCUGGCUGUUCGAUCAGUCACAGAUGAACCAGUUCCCCCCUGAGGCAACAAGAUUAUCCAGGAGACCACCUCUGAGUGUUCUGAAAAAUGCAGGUGCCUGAAGAAUGACUGUUUUCAGCGUCCUGGAUUGUGUCAUCGGUGGGGUAGAAAGGCCAGUGAAGUCUACUCCAUUUCCCCAAGUCCCUGUCCCCAAAGUCUUUAUCUUACUAAGUAUCUCCAGGCUCCAGUCUGGUGAGAAUCAACAGAAGGAUAGCCUUCAAAGCCUUUGCUUAAAAGCAGCUUUCCCUAACCACUCCAGCCCAGUUAGAAAGUAAGUCCCUGACAGUGUCCUCUUGGAGACUGAUGCCAUGCUUUGGAAUAGGGCAAGCCAGGGCUUGUUUGGAGUGGCCAUUAGGCCAGCCUAAUCUCUGCAUAGCUUGCAGCUGAUAGGUUGGAGUCCUCUUUUCUGUCUUAUCCUGAGGCAAGGGUUUGCACAACCUCUGAAAGGGCACUCCUCCCCCCCCACACACCUCUCAGGGAGGCAGUGCUGGAGCUAUUUUUUGUUUGCUGAGGAGAUAACUGUUGAAGGUUGCCCUCACCCCAAGCCAUUCUCCAGACCUAGACUGGGGAGAAAGAUAGCAGGCCAAACCCGAUCAAUUUCUCAAAGAUUUGAAAGUAGCACCAAUAAAAACAUCAAAUGCC